UGAAAACAAAAUGAAAUUCUUACACAUUUUAUCAUUACUAUUGAUGGCUUUGGUGGCCUAUACCUCGGCGCAAAGAUGUAAUCCUACUUGUUUUGGAAAUCGCGAUGUUGGACAAGGUGGUCGCAAUUGUGUGCCCCGUACCAUGUGGCAUUACGAUGCUCGUAUUCGACAAUGUCGUGAAAUGCGCUACUUGGGUUGUGGUGGCAACAACAAUCUUUGGUGUACCAGGGCUGCUUGUGAUCGAAGCUGUCGUCGUCGUUAAUUUGUUUUUAUCAAAUUCGAGUUAUAGCUGAUUUGAGCCGACGUUGCACAGCUGUUAUUAUAUUAUUAUUAUUAUAAGUUAAGCGAAUUUAGGAUAAAUUAAUUAAACGAUUUUAUGUCAGUUACAUGGAUUUUCAUUUUAUCUAAAAAUUGAUAUUAAUACCAUUUGAAAAAAAAAAUAGUUUUGUUACAUUAAAAUGA